UAGUGACGUAAAUAACAUCUAAGGUUACAAGAAACAGGUUUUUGACCUUUAUGUUCUUUCACCGAGUAUUAUAUCAAGGAAAGUUUUAUAAGAGAUUGAAUCUUGUACAAGUUCAGUCAUUUCUGUUCUAUUCAACAUCCAUUUCUUCGCUGGAUACAGUUUCUGUACAUAAUGAAAAUGGCCUGCCGAGAAUUAUUGUUCCGUUACCUUCCAGACGUGAAGCGUGCUCUUUUACUCUCAAGCCUCUACAACAUACAGUUGGAGAUUUAUCAAAUUUUAUAAAAUGUGAAGACAGUGGUGUGGAUCGAAUAGUAUUUUUUAGUGAAGAUGGAACCAGGAUCGCAAAGUCCAACUCAGUCGCAGACCUACUUGCCUCUAAUUUUCAACUUAUUAUCAAUGAUGAGAAAUAUCAUGUGGAUACAUCAUCAUUAUCUUCUCAGUAUAGCUCUGUUCCACAGGAUUUGGCUGACGCUCGACAACUGGUCACAAAACUUGCCAGUGUCUUUCAUAUCGAUGAAUUUUACGCCCAAAAACAACAACAACUUGAGAAAUGUAUCGAAGACGUACACUUACAAUUAGAACCAUUUGAACAGAAAAAAUCUGUUAUUGCUGCACAAGCUGCUCAACGAACUCGUAGACUUACUUGGCUUGGGUUAGGAGCUAUGGGAAUACAAUUCGGAUUGUUGGCCAGAUUAACGUGGUGGGAAUAUUCAUGGGAUAUUAUGGAGCCAGUUACUUAUUUUGUUGGCUACGGAACAAGUAUGGCUAUGUAUGCUUACUAUGUUGUCACAAGACAGGAUUAUACACUUCCUCAAGUAUUUGAUCGUGAGUACCUGAAAAGCUUUUACAAAUCAGCUGAUAAAACAUCUUUCGACGUUGAGCGUUACAACGAAUUACGUGAUCAACUGGCCCAACUAAAGUCGGAGUUACGUCGUCUUAAAGACCCACUUCUACAUAAGUUACCGUUACAACAGACUGAAUACAUGAUACCCGAACAAGUGGAAGAGAUUCUCAAUCAGAAUAAACCAUUAACGCCGAAAUAGCUGCAGUAAAUGAAAAUAAGAACAAUUAUAACAAUGACUGUAACAACCAUAAAGGUUUUAUUUAAUUUAUCCCACUGGAUGUUUUAGGUUGUUUCUUGUUCGUCAUACACAUCAAUCGAUCUCUCAUGCUUUUGGUUACACUUAGUAUUUUUUUAUUACUAGGUUUUCAGUAAUUUCCAACUAAGAUUCCUCUUGCUUGAAGGUUUUAUCAUCUCAUUUCUUCUCCAUUCAAAAUCUCUUUUAUUUGGUCAGAUUCUCUUCUUUUGUAUUUUAUUCUAGUAUAAACAAAAGGAGACCAUAUGUUUUUUUGUUAUCUAACUCAUUUUAUACUGCUUUGUCGCUCUGUUUCUCUCCCUUUCCAUUUUAUUCUACCUCCUUUCUGUCUGCAAACGUUUUUCUUGGCAAGCGAAAUUAUGCGCGCUAUCAUAAUCAGGACUACCAAGAAAUUAAUUGAUGCACAGUCCAUGAAAAAUGUAAUAUAAGUUGUGAAUAUCCUUUAACAGCUUGUUAAUGCAACGAGUCAUUUAUAUUACCAAGUAAUAAAACACCGCUAUUCACACACAUACUUUUUGUUUUACAUUCACUGUUUAGAAAGCUGUUAUAUAUGCUCAGGGAUUGACUUUACUAAUUCUCUUAAAAGUUUGGCGUCUUAAACAAAUUAGUGUCUACUGUGCUAUAUUUUUUUGUGGUUGGAUUCAGUUAGUUGUACCUUCUGAAUAUAUAUACGAAAGUCACUGUGAUAAGGUGCACCGAAGAUAUUAGUUGAGCGUUCAUCACCUAGUUCUUCAGUUGGCAUCAACUCUGAUUGCUGUUAUACACUGCUUGGAGACUGUAUCAGCAAAACCAAUCUGAAAAUAUAUUACUAAAGGCAUUCAAGAUUAACAUGUAGCUCUGCACACAACUGAAAUAAUCCAGAUUACUUUUACCUUUUUUGCAUCAAAUAACUAAACUGAAGCUUUACUGUUCACUUGAAAUGAUUGACUACAAAAGUAUAACUUUUCAUUUCGUGACAAUGCUAAGUGUUACAACACUAGUAUCUCAGCUCUUUUUAAGUGAAAUUUACUUAUUUCUGUAAAUCUGUG